GGCCGGGGCCGACGGGUUCCGGGUUAACCGCAUUUUUUUGAAUUCCAAUUCGGGCUCCGGUCGAACUCAGCCCGAUCGUUGAAGUUGACGGCGACCUUAACUAAGUCUUCGUAUCGCCGCGCUGCCUUCGGUUGAUCGGCACUCCAAGGAGGCGGCUGACGGCGAACAACGAUGUUUCCGACGGAAAGCGAAGAUUCUGAUCAAAGUAUUUCGGAAGACGAAGACAUAGAUUAUAAUUGGUCAACGAGUUGUGUUUCCCUUGGCAGUCCUGCUGAGAAUAAGGGAAAUAUAGGGAUUCUCUCACAGCUUGAGACACUAAAGGAUCUGCAUAAACUUGAUUGCACAUCCAUGGCUAUCCCUGAAUCUCCAGAGAGGCGAAAUGAAUUAUGUAUUGAUGAUGAUGUUGAGCUUCCUGUUUUCAACAAUGAGCACCAUUUCAGCGUGGCUUCAUCUUGCAAUCCAGAUGAGGAAAUUGGGUUAUUUCCUGUAUUCGAAGGUAUUUGCAACUCUGAAGAGGAAACUGUUUCUGAUGAUGAGAAACUUAAUGUUGUAAGUGUUAAAUGUGAGACAGAGAGCACGCUGUCAAGAGAAAAUGAGCAUACUGAGGCAUUCUAUUCCAACAAUGAAAAAUCUGGCUGCUCAUUAGUGUGUGGUAUCUCGCCGAAACAUAUUCAUCCAGCUAAUGGUGCUAGUUCCUUAUAGCUUGGAAGACAAGGGAGUGUGAAGCACAGUCAUUUAUUUUGCUACCACAGAGAAAAAGAAGCUAGUCAUUCUGUAGUUGGCGGUGACACCUUUAAAUGUAACAUUUCGCUAUCUCAGAUUCCACUAAGUGUAGAUUUAUGUACAGAUCCACAUAUGCUUGGGAAGAGUGGGUUGGAAGACUCAUUGGGUAACAUGCAAGAAAAUGAAAUAGAACUGAUAGGGAAUGAUGCAGCACCAUCUGACAUAGCAACUGAACACAAAUCUAGUGAGCGAUCAAUGGCUGAGCUUCUGGAUUGUUUUCAGGAGAAAAGGUCUUUGCAGUUGGGGAAUUCUGUGAAGUAUUAUAAUAUAAACAGAACAAGGGUAACACACUUUCCAAGGAGAAAUAUAUCACCAUUGGGUGAUAGGGGUGCAGUUGAUGAUGAUAUACCAUCAAGUGAUGGUGAGGAAAUCCCUCAAGUGUUGAAAGCUGUCGUCCCUGAGACAACAAUUGCAGACCAAUUUCAUGAAGCUCUAGGUAGUGCAACUAGGAAUGACAGAAUACCACAUGUUUCCACCACUGGGAAACACUGCAGUGGGUUAUUUUUUGACUUGCAACGCGUGAUGCUGAGUGAGAAGGAAAGGGAUCUCACUUUCAUGAACCACACAUCGAGAGUCCCUGGCCUGAGUGGCGAAAAAAUCUGUAUUGAUGUGAAAAUUUUAUCAAGCUCUUUGGAGGCAAAGCUGUUUAUUUGUCAAUGCACUUUAAAAGGAGAAGAGUGUUCUGACGGGAUAAAUCAUCCUAACUUCAAAAAGACUAAGGGAGGAAGUUCUUUAACUGUCAUCUUUAAUCCGACGAUAUGUAAUGAUGUUGAACUUGAUAAAGGGAACCUCAUCCGCAUUUACCCUCCUUGGAAGGAGGUUAAUGCCAAACUAAAUGACGAGGUUGUGAUUUUAUCCAGAUAUUUUUCAAGAGUAGCCUCUGAUCAAAUUAGCGGUAUGAUAAUGAGUUAAUGCCAUAUGGUGGACCUCAAUGUUUUCUGUGAGCUGUCCACUAUUGUACUUCGUCAUUAAUUCUGAGGUUGUUUCUUUGUGAACCGUGUGAAGCUAUCAUUUAAAGAUUGACACAUUUACAAGUUUAUGUAGCCCUAUUAUUUCUUAGUGCUAAGUCUGUUAAAAGAUGUGAAGAACACAAGUGCAAAACAGUGGUCCAUUAGUUAUUAAGUUCCUAGUAUUGAAGUUUUUAAUUAAAAUUAUUUACUUAAGUUCUGGCUUAUAGUUAUUUGUUUGCAAAUCAUGUUCAAACAAAUAAGCGUGUGUGUAUCUAGUUCAUAUACCUGUACCUGCAAUAUGUUUGUUAUUGUGUUAGUGAAGUUCAUUCAGACUUCAGACAGAUAUUGUUCCUGACAAAUGUAUGAAGAGGAAAAAUACUACGGAGUACAAUUAUUAAGGCAAAAAAU